AUGUUGGAAAAAGGAUAUGGGUGCACGCAAGAUUAUUAAUAAGCUAUCGAUAUUCUAAAUGAAGAAUUAUAAAUUUAAAAGGAUUAUGAAUUUUAUUAUGGAUAUUCGAAUUAUCAUAUUGCGAAACUUAAAAAGAUUCUUAAAUAAGAUGAAAAAGAUUAUGAAUAAUAAUAUGAAAAAUCUUUAUAACAAUUUAACGAAAGAUUUAAUUCUGAAUAACAAGAAAUAUACGGGAAACUAUUUGCUUGUUACUAUUUAGGUCGAAUUUAUUAAAAACAUAAAAACGACUUAUAAUAAAGUGAUCAAAAAUAUAAUAUUUUCCGUAAAAUAUAUCAAGAGAACUAUUUUAGAUUUCGAUGUACUCGAACCCUUCAAUAUGAGAUUUUAAAAUUAAAAUUUAUAAAAAAAUAAAUAAAAUUAUAAAUAUUAUCUGAAAAUUCUGAAAAUAAAAAUUCUUAAAUCAACCCUAUAUUAAAAAAUAAAAGCAAUAUUUCAAAAAACAGCCUUGGAGUAAUAUCAGCAUAAAAAAAGCCUAAAUAGGAAAUGAUCAAACAAAAAUCAUAUAUUUAAAAAGACAUAAAAGAAGAAGAAGUAUAAAUAUAAGAAAAAUUAGAAGAAAAUCAAAAAAAUACCUAUAUUCGAUUUAGUACAUAUAAAUAAUUACGAAACUCUAGUUUGAACGAAAAUAUUGGACUCCUAUAAUAAUUAAAAAAAUAAACGUUUUUGAUUAAAAAGGAAUAUAUUAAAUUCUAUCUUUUGUAGAAGAACAAAAAUAAAAUGUUUAGGAUUUCACUUAAAAUAAUAAAUUCGAAGUUUUGUAAAUUAUAGGCUUUUCUUAUUAAAUUUUAUAAUAAAAUAACCUCGAAUUAUUUUUAAUUUACCCACAUAAGUAGUUUAAUUUAUAUGGAGGAAUUCGAAGUGGAAAAAUAUUCAAUAUUAAAGAUAAACUUAAUAUAAGUUUAAAUUUAUGUUAGCUUAUCGAAAAUUUUCAACAAAAAAAUAUUUUUGAUAUUAAUUUAAAACCUUCCAAUAUUUUAUUUGAUGAAAAACUCAAAAUAUACUACGCAGGAUACUUCUUUAAAUGUACCUUCUUAAACUAAAACAGAUGUUUUAGAAUGUCAGUAUAAGACAUUGAAUUAAAAGCUGAUGAUUUGUUUAAUAUAGUAAUAUUAGGAGAAGCCAGUGUAGGAAAAACAACAAUUACAAUCCGUGUUAAAGAAGGUAAAUUUAUCAAUUCAUAUGAUCCAACAUUAUAUGAUGUUCACAAAUUUAAAUUGA